UGGUAAAGUCGUCAUCUGUCUCCCUCCGCUCUUAGAGUGCAAUGAAAUCAUGAAUAACCGCGCUGAGAUCCCGACACCAAGUGCGGUGCUACACCAGCCGCAUCUCCACCACAUCGCCAAACACAUCCCAGAACUGGAUCCGAAAGCGGAAAUACUCCUGCUAUUAGGAAGAGAUGUAAUGCGGGUACACAAGGUUAGGCAGCAGGUCAAUGGACCACACGACGCCCCCUUUGCACAACGCUUGGAUCUAGGCUGGGUGGUGAUAGGAGGGGUGUGCCCUGAAGACGUACACAAACCGAUGGUUAACACACUCAAGACCAAUGUGCUAGAGAGUGGCCGCCAUUCAAUCUUUCAACCCUGCCCGAGUGUCCCGUGCAUCAAGGAAGCACAACAAGGCGUUAACAAGCGCGAGGCAAGCGACGAGUCGCUGGACCAGUCAGUCUUCGCUCUAACGAAGUAUGACAACAAACUUGCACAAUCAGCUCAAGAUACCAUUUCUUUAAAAACCAAAGACACCAAGGUCUUCAGAGAUGAAGCAAAUAAUGGGGUUGCCGCAUUGCCUAUCAGAGAACCAUGCCAGCGCUCACCAGAUAACAAAGAGCAGGCAGUCGAACGGUUCACGUCCUUACGGAAAACCUGGAAAAGGAAACCUGAGAUGCAGCAACACACCCGAUUGGCCCACGACGUACUGUGCACCCUAAUGGCAGAGGUCACAGCCAUUAUAAACGCACAAUCAUUCCUACCUGUGUCUUCUGACCCAGAAAACCCCUUUAUACUUUCGCCAUCAACGCUCCUUACGCAGAAGGCAGGAGCACCUCCUCCACCAGGAGACUUCUCAGACAAGUAUUUGUACACAAAGCAAUGGAGACAAGUCCAGGCUCUGGCAAAUCAGUUCUGGUCCCGCUGGAGACAGAAAUAUCUACCCUCGUUGCAACAGAGACGAAAGUGGACAGAACCCCGCAGGAAUCUUCAAGUUGGAGACUUAGUCCUGCUCAGGGACAAGCAAAUCGCUCGCAACAGCUGGCCAACGGUCAGAAUCACUGCUACAUUCCCUAGCGAGGGUGGACAUGUCAGGAAGAUCGAAUUGAAGACUACCGACCAAGGCGAUGUGAAAAUUUACCAAGGGCCAGUUACAGAAGUUAUUCUACUUCUACCCAAUGACUGAUUAAGAGACUAAGUUUUGUACUCUGCUCAUUGUGACCUUACGAAGGUCAAGCGGGGAGUGUGCUGUCUUUACGACAGUUAUUUAGUUUAUAAUAUUUUCGCUUAGUAAUUCAUUCAAUAGUAUUUUCUAGUUAGAAUUAGGAGUGUUUAAAGUAUAUUCAUUGCAUGUAAAAUAUAUCGGCAUGCGAUGACGUCACAUCCGGUUUCACCGCGUCUUGUGGGAAAACACCGGUUUGAAAUUAGCGCGAGGGUGGGGGCUUUCCACGAGGCUCACCUGAGCAGAAGCAGUUUUGCAGGCAUGAGAAAUCACAGUGAGAGCAACGCUUUUUCACCAUAUGUUAAUGUGAAGAGUGAACAGUAAAUGGUUAAUCUUACUGCGAUCUGGUUCUUAUUAACUGUGGUUUAUCUGGACGUUAAAUUCGGC